GAUGUCUGAUAGACCUGUAAAAGUGAGGUGAAUGAGUUUCGCACGCCCAGGGCUGAACGUGUUCAGGCUUCAGUCACAACCGCUCAGAAAGGCCUUGUUUAGCUUCAAUUGCCACGUUAAGUACCCAAUAAAAACGACAGUUGCGUCACUGCCGGCAACGGAAGCAGCAACCGUGACUAUACUUGCCAAAGUCGAGCCUGAAGCGCCGCCGACCUCACUGGCGAGCGCUCCCGCGGAGCGCCGUGCUGAAUUAGACAGCAACACAAUGGAAGUUGAGCGCGACGGGGACAAGGAGCCAGAGGUUGGCAGCAGCGGCGCCACCCCCGACGCCGGAACCGCGGGGGCGGCAAUCGGCGGUGAGCAGCGAGGGCGCACUCCCGCCAAGCAGCCGGGUGGUGGUGGCGGCGGCGGCCGCAAAGGCUGCGGCUCAAAGGAUGGUCGCAAGGGCGGUGGCGGCGGCGCGGUGCAAGCGGCCAGUGCGUCGUUUGUGCCGCCGGAGCUGCCGCCAGGCACCGUCAUCGAGGACGCCGCGUCGGCGCCGCAUCCCGAGGACUACGUGUUCGUGCGAGGGCUGCGGCUGGUGAAGCCAUACUAUUUUGACUUCAAGUGCUAUGUGAAGCAGCGACAGGACGGCCGCCCGCUCAUGCAACUCAUGGCCGAGGAGUUUCCCAUGUUGAGUGAGGACUACUACACACAGGCGGUGGCAACGGGGCGACUGCGGGUGGAGGGCAAGGUGCCGGGCGGCGGACGUGGCAGUGGGGGUGGAGGCGGGGGUGGAGGCUGGGCGGCCAGCAAGCCGCUACGUGCGGGCAUGUGCAUCCGGCACUUCAUCCACAGGCACGAGCCGCCGGUGCUCCAGGGCGAUGUGGAGAUUCUAGGUGUGUCUGACGACUUCGUGGCCGUCAACAAGCCCGCCUGCAUGCCCGUGCACACAGUGGGCCAGUACCGUAAGAACACCGUCAUGGGCGUCGUGCAGGCCACGCACCCGGGCCUGUGGCCGCUGUACCCGACGUACCGCCUGGACAAGCCGGUCAGCGGCGUGCUGUUGCUGGCGCGCAGCAGCGCAGUGGCGGGGCGCAUGCGGGUGCUGCUGGAGGAGCGCGGCUGCGCCAAGGCCUACGUGGCCCGAGUGCAGGGCGUGUUCCCGGACACCUCCUCGCUGUCCGGAGGCGUCAUGGUGGUUGACACGCCGCUGGGGUGGGAAGCCAAGACCAACCACGCCACGCCCGUGCCCGCCUCCGGCCUGGCGGCUGACGGCGCCACGGCUCUGCCGCCGGCUCUGGUGGCGAGCGCCAAACCCGCUGAGACGCACUUCCGGCGACUGAGCGUGUCGCCUGACGGGCUGACCAGUGUGGUUGAGGCCGUACCCAAGACCGGCCGUACACACCAGAUCCGUGUGCACCUGCAGCACGUGGGGCACCCCAUCGCGAACGACACGCAGUACGGCGGCAGCUACGGCUUACCCCUGUUCUUCCGGAGGGGCAUGGGAGGCCCCGCCCGCCCGCACGUGAACGGGCAGCGCAGGCGUUUUGCGGAGGAGAAGUCGGAGACAGGAGCGGAGGGCAGCGGCAGCAGCGAGUCUGCCGCAGACGUGGCGCCAGCAUCGCAGCCCGCGCCGGCGGCGGCAAGGCCAAGACCCGAAGCGGCGGCGGGUGCCGAGGCCGGUGGGGUUGCUGCCGCCGCUGACAGCGCCCCCAGCCACGAGCCGCCCCACAACAAACGGCGGCGUUGUAGCAGCGAUGGCGCAGCUGUAGAGCAGCAGCAGCAACAGCAGCAACAGCAGCAACAACAACAGCAGCAACAGCAGCAACAACAACAGCAGGAGCUGCAGGAGCAGCAGCCUGACGUCGAGGCGGCGGCGCGAGCUAGCGCGCCGGGUGGUGUGGGCGCAAGCGGCGGCGCUGGGCCGAACGCUGACACGGAGUUGAUCGCCGCCUCCUCGCAGCGCUACCUGCAGCUCUACACACAGCCCGAGUUCCAGGUGCCAGGCAGCUGCUCCGACCCGCUGUGCCCGCACUGCCCCUGCCUGGUGCCCGAGGGCUACCCCAUUGACCUGGAGCCGCUCUACCUACACGCAGCCCGCUACGCCUCCAGUGCGGACGCCAUGGCGGCGGCAGUGGCGGCGGCGGCGGCGGCGGCGGCCGAGUCAGAGGCGGGGACAGCGGCGGGGGCCGGGGUAGGCGGUGGUGCAGAGGCAGGAACGCGCGGUGCUGGCGAGACGGAGGUGGAGGCGGCUGUAGGUAGUGCGGGCGCCGGGGAGUCGUGGUGCUUCGUGGCCCCGCUGCCGGAAUGGGCGCGGCCCGAGUAUGUGGCCGUCCCUGCGGGGAGAGGCGGCGGGGCGCUGGCCUAACCUGUCGCGGGCGCCGUGGCCUGUGGUGGGGCCUGCGACCAGUACCUACACCCAGUGCUUGAGAUGGCAAAGGUUGUAAUGGCAUGGGCUGUAGCGAGUUAUCGGCGUGGUAGCGGGCCCUCAUGUUGCCGAAGUUUGCGAGGGUGUGCGGAAGGUCCUUAGGGUGUCAUUGACGUGUGCAGGCGCCCUUUGUUACCGGGCUUGCAGUCGGCGGCGGGAGGCGUAGGGUUAGCGGUGUACGGCUUUGUCGGGUGACACAGAGGCCAGAGCUUGGGGCAUACGCGGCCAGGGCCGGAGUGCAAGGGCAUCAGCAUCAGCAGUGCCGGCACUGGUGCCACCACACGAAUGCGGAGACGCGGAGCGACGCGGUGCCCCAAGCCGCAUUCCUGUGCCUUGCAUGUGGAGCUGAUUCCUGGCAAUCGGCAGCCGACAUGGCCAAGCCGACAUCAAGUGUUC